AUGGUGGGAGUAGGGAAGGAGCCAGGAGGGAUGGUGGGAGUAGGGAAGGAGGGAAAGAGGAUGGUGGGAGUAGGGAAGGAGCCAGGAGGGAUGGUGGGAGUAGGGAAGGAGGGAAAGAGGAUGGUGGGAGUAGGGAAGGAGCCAGGAGGGAUGGUGGGAGUAGGGAGGGAGGGAAAGAGGAUGGUGGGAGUAGGGAAGGAGCCAGGAGGGAUGGUGGGAGUAGGGAAGGAGCCAGGAGGGAUGGUGGGUUGUGUGAUGUUCAGUUCCAGUGUGUGUGUGAUGAGUCACAAACUCUGGGAUGUGUGUGGAAUACCAGUGGCAUGUCACACUUGUUGCUAAAAUGUAUCUGUCUUCUUGGCUCCCCUCAGGCCUGCCUCUGCCCACCAGUUUAAAUUGAUUGUUUUGACAAACUGAUUGUUAAGGCACUGGAAAAGACAGAAGGGGAUAUAAGAUCGAUAAUUUUGUAAAUGGUGUUUAUUCCUGACUGUUUUUCAAAAGCACUUCACAAACUCUCACACCAUAAUAUUACAUUUUCUCACCUGCCCUUAUGCUGUAAAACUCACCUGCCCUUAUGCUCUCCUAUAGCGCGACGGCUCUGAGAGGAGAUGAGGCGAGAGAGAGCAGAUAGCGAGAGGAGAGAGAGAGGAGAGGAGAGAGCGAGAGAGAAGAGCUUCAUACUCUCUCUCUCUCUCUAUCUUAGUCGUUCUCUCUCUCUCUCUCCUCCUCGCUAUCUCUCUCUCUAUCUGGUCUCUCUCUCUCUCUCUCUCUCUCUCUCUCUCUCCCCAGGCAAUGCCACUGUUUUAUGGUGUACCUGCUGUACCAGUGUCUUCAAGUCGGUGACCAGUUGCUUCAUUAAGAACCUGGCGUGUUCUGGGAUCUGUGCGGGUCUGGUGUGUGUUCCCUUCGAUGUGGCUCUAGGGGCCAGUCCUCGCUGCUGCUGGUGGCUCCAUACUCUGCUGCUCUGCAAGGCCCUGAAGUUCCUCCACAAACUCUUCUGCUCCGUCACCGUGCUCAGCUUCGCUGCUAUCGCACUUGACAGGUGGGUGAUUGCUGGAAAAUCAAACUGCACUGCUGGUAGCUGCAACAUAUUGCUUACUGGUCCCAUCUGUUCAGAUCUGUCUAGGGGGGACUGCUAGCGGUUGAUUCUUGCCUGACAUUUAGGUGCAGUAAUAAAGCAUAUGUCCUGUGUUCAUGCUUUUAUUUAUUUAUACAUGUGGAAAGCCACACAGUGGGGAAAUUGCUUGAUCUUGUAAACACAGAUCUUUAAAGGACCCCCCCCCCCCCCCUCCCCCCAGAGGAAGUUGGCGCCACUAUUUCAAUGUAAUUUCCUGUCGCUUAGAUUCCACAUCCUCCAAAGAAUGACGACUGCUACGUAUACAUAUUCAUGAACUGGGUCUGGGUUGAUAAAUGUCAACAAAUAGUCUGACAGUUGUCAGUGUAGCUAGCUAUCAUGCUAACCUUGUCUUGCUAGCUAAUCUGUUGUUGCUGUUUUUGUACUGUAUUCAAAAGAUUAGCCAGAUGGUUCUAUGACUGGUUCUGGAGCUGAAUUUGUCAUAAGCAUUGAUUUAGGGAAAACUUCACCACAGAUGGAAACCACUGGCCUGUCUUUGACUUCACCUCAUAUGGAAACCACUAGACUUCACCACAGAUGGAAAUAGUUAGAAAGAAUAAGAUGAUCUAUGGCUGGUUCUGGAGCUGGGGUUCUGGAGCUGGGGUUCUGGAGCUGGAUUUGUCAUAAGCAUUGUGUUUCUACAUUGUAAUGGACACGGUGCAACUUUUUGUAAGUAGGCUGCUGGCAGGCUUCGGCUCCGGUACAGCAACGCCAAGUCAGCCCGUGCUCAUGGUUCUCACAGGGGAAGUGAAAUGAUAGGCUACAAUGACUUUGCUCAUGAUCCGUGAUUUUUUUCUCACAGGUGCCUUUUCAUUAUCUGGAUAGACACUUGUGGUUUCUAGCUAAUGUUACACCAAUCAAAUCAGGGGUGCGUGUAGUGAAGCAAAUCUUUAGUGGUCAAAACCAUUCAUCUUGGGAGGGGGGUCAUAUAUAUAUGUAUGUAUGUAUGUAUAUAUAGAUAUUGUGUGUGUGUAUGUAUAUAUGUUUUUAUACAGACUAGCUAAAAGAUAAGUGAAAAUGGACAAAUUAUCCAACUGAUUAUGAUAAUUUUCGGGUAUUUUUUUUUAUUUGCUCCAUGGCUCAGGCGGCCAUGUUGACACAAGGCUGUUUGUCUUAUCUCAGUCACCAAGAGGAAGACAUGUGCAGCUGUUUUAAUAAACAAUGCCAUGCUGGUGGGUGGUAACAUUCAAAUAAAACCCAGCCCUCCCUUAUGGAAAAAACACAUGAAUGUGAAGUGUUACAAAAACUAAUGUGAUCACGUGAUCUUAUGUGAAGUUAAUGUGAUAACAUGUGACAAAAUGUAAAGCAACAUGUGAUAACAUGAAACUUACACGUGAAAACGUGAUCACAUGUGAAGUGUUCCAAAAACACGUUUUCACAUGAUUUCAGAUCUGAAAUUUCACUUGAAAUCAUGUGAUUUUCCACUUGUGAAAUCAUGUGGUUUUUCUGUAAGGGCUGAAACGAAACAGGCUGAAAAUAAUUUCUAUGUCAUAUUAUAGGAAAAGACACCGCAUUCACAUGGAUUUGCACGAAGUGGUCAGUUUGGAUUUGUCACUUCAAGCCCAAAUAUAUCAUACUUUGACUAAAACAAUGACUUAUUGACUUAAACCAUUGUGCAACAUCAUGGGUAAGCUCUGGCUGUCGUCUUUCAGCUCGAAAAAGUGGAUUUCUACUGGUAUGGGCGUUUUUAAAAUUGAAAACAGUAUAAUCUGUUUUUGUACCAGACCAAAACCUCCCUCUAUCUCUACUCACCCCCCAUAGUGCGGAGACGGGCUGUAAUUGAUGCAGCAUGUGUACUCCACUCUGCCUGGUGGUGUGUCUCUCCUGCAGAGCUCCUUGUUCUGACCUGCAGCCAAAAUAACUGACAGUCCACAGGGAGGGACUCUCUCCCUGACUCUACACACACACUAUUCUUUCCUCUCCACUUUUAUUUUCCUUCACUGCUACUCUCACUCACUCACCUCUCUCUUCCUUCACUGCUACACUCACUCACUCACUUCUCUCCUCUUCCUUCACUGCUACACUCACUCACUCACUCAGUCACUCACUCACUCACUCACUCACCUCUCUCUUCCUUCACUGCUACACCCACUCACUCACUCAUUCACUCACCUCUCUCUUCCUCCACUGCUAUACUCACUCACUCACUCAAUCACUCACUCACCUCUCUCUUCCUUCACUGCUACACUCACUCACUCACCUCUCUCUUCCUUCACUGCUACACUCACUCACUCACUCACCUCUCUCCUCUUCCUUCACUGCUACAUUCACUCACUCACCUCUCUCCUCUUCCUUCACUGCUACACUCACUCACUCCCCUCUCUCUUCCUUCACUGCUACACUCACUCACUCACCUCUCUCUUCCUUCACUGCUACACUCACUCACCUCUCUCUUCCUUCACUGCUACACUCACUCACUCACUUCUCUCCUCUUCCUUCACUGCUACACUCACUCACUCACCUCUCUCUUCCUUCACUGCUACACCCACUCACUCACUCAUUCACUCACCUCUCUCUUCCUCCACUACUGUACACUCACUCACUCACUCACUCACUCACUCACUCCUCACUCACUCCACUCACAUCACUCACUCACUCUCUCUCUUCCUCACUGCUACACUCACUCAACUCACUCUCUCCUCUUCCUUCACUGCUACAUCACUCACUCACCUCUUCCUCUUCCUUCACUGCUACACUCACUCACUCCCUCGUCUCUCCUUCACUGCUACACUCACUCACUCACCCUCACUUCCUUCACUCUACACUCACUCACUCACCUCUCUCCUCUUCCUUCACUGCUACACUCACUCACUCACUCACUCACUCACUCACUACUCACCACAUCACUCACUCACCUCUCUCCCUUCCUCAUGCACACUCACUCACCUCUCUCUUCCUUCACUGCAAACGCACUCACUCACUCUCGCCUUUCCUUCACUGCGGUACUUCACUCACCUUCUCUGCAUUCACUGCUGACACGCACUCACUCACCCUCUCUUCUCUUCACGGCUUCACUCCUCAUCACUCACUCAUCACUCACUCACUCAACCCACGCACUCAAUCACUCACUCACUCUCACUCACUCACUCCACUAAAUCUCUCCUGCUUCCUUCACUGCUACACUCAGAAAUCCCACUCAACCUCUCUCCCCUUCCUUCACUGCAACACUCACUCACUCACUCACUCACCUAUCUCUUCCUUCACUGCUACACUCACUCAUUCACUGCUUUCCAUGUCUGCUUCUCUCCUCUAUACCAUAAUCUCUGUGGGAAUGCACACACACACACACCACACACACACACUACAGACACACCACCUAUUCACCUACUCACACAUACAUAAGAAACUAUCAAAAUAUGUGUCUUCUGUGCACACAGACUCUUCACACCUCAGUAAGAUAUUUCUCUCUCUCUCUCUCUCUGUCUUCCACUUGCUCCAUUUAGCCACCCAAAACACCCACUUACACUCAUUCAUACUGGAGUAUCUGUUCUCCUCAACCAGUGAAGGGUUCUGUGAAUGAGAGAGGGAAACAAUGAUAUAUUUACUAUUGUUGUUCUUCAGUCUAUUUCCAAAUGUUCCUCCUCUCUUUCCUCUGCAGGGUAGUUUACAUGUGUAUUUGACCCACCUAGUUACAGUGAGGGAAAACAGUAUUUGAUCCCCUGCUGAUUUUGUACGUUUGCCCACUGACAAAGACAUGAUCAGUCUAUAAUUUUAAUGGUAGGUUUAUUUGAACAGUAAGAGACAGAAUAACAACAACAAAAAUCUCACUCCCCUCUCUCUUCCUUCACUGCUACACUCACUCACUCCCCUCUCUCUUCCUUCACUGCUACACUCACUCACUCACUCACUCACUCACUCACUCACUCACUCACUCACUCACUCACUCACUCACUCACUCACUCACUCACUCACUCACUCACUCACUCACUCACUCACUCACCUCUCUCCUCUUCCAAGAAAAGUUAAAACAGUUGCUUUCCAUGUCUGCUUCUCUCCUCUAUACCAUAAUCUCUGUGUAAUGCACACACACACACACACACACACACACACACACACACACACACACACACACACACACACACACACACACACACACACACACACACGCACACGCACGCACACACACACACACACACACACACCCACACACACACACACACACACACACACACACACACACACACACACACACACACACACGCACACACCCACACACACACACACACACACCUAUUCACCUACUCACACAUACAUAAGAAACGAUCAAAAUAUGUGUAUUCUGUGCACACAAGACUCUUCACACCUCAGUAAGAUAUUUCUCUCUCUCUCUCUCUCUGUCUUCCACUUGCUCCACUUAGCCACCCAAAACACCCACUUACACUCAUUCAUACUGGAGUAUCUGUUCUCCUCAACCAGUGAAGGGUUCUGUGAAUGAGAGAGGGAAACAAUGAUAUAUUUACUAUUGUUGUUCUUCAGUCUAUUUCCAUAUGUUCCUCCUCUCUUUCCUCUGCAGGGUAGUUUACAUGUGUAUUUUACCCACCUAGUUAGUUAGGUAGGUAGGUAGGUAUAGCAAGGUUAGUUUAGAUCAGGGGUAGGCAACUAGAUUCAGCUGCAGGACGAUUUUUGUCUGAGUGAAUGGUCACGGGGCCAGAAAAUAAUUAUAAUAAUUUGUACACUGCAAAUUGACCACAACUAAGCCCAAAAAGAGACUGUAUUUGAAAAUAACAAUAAUUUAAUAACUUGAUUACAUUGAGGCACGAUCAUGUCUCUUUUCUUUUUGUGGGAAUACUUGGGAACAGAUUUCUUAAAUUAAACUCGUUUUUUUCCCCCCACAACAAAAAAAAUAUCUUGAUCCGUGUUGCUGACCUCUGGUCUAGAGAGAAGGUCAAAAAGAGUCCUAUAUAAUAAUAUGUGCCAUUUAGUCGACCAUUUAGCAACAUUUUACGUAUGGGUGGCCCCGGUAAUUGAACCCACAAUCCUGGUGUUGCAAGCGCCAUACUCUACCAACUGAGUCAAUACAGAGAAAGAGGUCACUGGGGUCUGGCCACUCAGGAUGUGUUUGCUGUGAAGCGACAACUAAUUUACAAUGGACUACUGGACUACAGAGUAUUCAUCCAACAGCAGCUGGACUACAGAGUAUUCAUCCAACAGCAGCUGGACUACAGAGUAUUCAUCCAACAGCAGCUGCACUACAGAGUAUUCAUCCAACAGCAGCUGGACUACAGAGUAUUCAUACAACAGCAGUAUCCACUCCAGAGAGUCUUCCAUCUACAUCAGGGGUGUCAAACUCAUUUUAGCUCAGGGGCCACAUGGAGGAAAAUCUAUGCCCAAGUGGGCCGGACCGGUAAAAUCAUGGUAUAUAUAACUUAAAAACAACAACUUCAGAUUGUUUUCUUUGUUUUAAUACUAUCAACAUAAAACAUAAAGCCGGAGCCUGAGGACAGUGUGUCCAAAAUAGUACAAGCACAACAUCACUAUUAAUCAUAAGACACCUGAAGUUUAUUUGAAAAUUCUAAAGAAAAAGAACACACAAACACACAAUGCCUCAGUGAUUCACAUAACUGUUUCACAGAUCACAGAACUAUAUCAGGGUGUCAUUUCUCAGGCAGAAAUGUAGAUACAAAUAAUGAAAUCCUGUUCCCCAAACAAGUGCAAGAACCACAGAGUCAAGAAUAGGUUAAAUAUACAAAUAAAAUAAAAUCAAUUAAAAACAAUAGCACAUCAACAUAAAAACAUAUAAACAUAAAGCUGGAGCCUGAGGACAGUGUCCAAAAGCACAACAUCACUAUUAAUCAUAAAACACCUCAAGUUAUUUGAAAUUCUGAGGACAAACAACACACAAACACACAAUGCCUCAGUGAUUCACAGAAGUAUAUAACAGAUCACAGAACUAUAUCAGGGUGUCUCAUGCAGCACUUUAAGUGGGGUUGCAUAGUUUAUUUGACUCCUGAUACCUGGCAUCUUUUAGCUUUCACCAGCGCAUCAAUAUCAGGCGUCACAUCCUGAGUGGCAGCCAACUUCAGGAUGUGAUUCAAGUGCUUGUGCGUGAGCCUUGAGCGCAGCUUUGUUUUAUUUAUGCUCAUUACAGAGAACUUGCUCACAAAGAUAUGUGGUUCCAAACAUGCACAACAGUUUUGCAGCGAGGGCUGUCAAGUUGGGGUAACCUGGCAAGAGAUUCUGAUAAAAUGUGUCCAAGCCAGCUGCGGCAAAUUUGCCCUUCAAAUCCGAGUCACACUGCAAGUCUAUUAUUUCAAGUUGGAUGCUGACGGGCAGAUCAGAGGGAUUCACAGUGAAUGGCGAACAAAAAACAUUGAAGUCUUUCUCCAGUUCACCAAAAAUCUGAAAGCGUUGCUCAAACUCCCUUAACAGUCCCGUUAUUUUAUCUUUGAACCGCUUCAUGUCUGCCACAUGUUGGGUCGCGCACACAUUUUUCAGACAGGGGAAGUGAGCUGCAUCACCACCGGCGAGUUGCGUCUCCCACAAUGACAGCUUCAACUUGAAAGAACGUAUGCUGUCAUAAUACUGCGUGGCAACUUUGUUGCGCCCUUGCAGCUGUUUGUUCAAGUUAUUCAGGUGCUCUGUAACAUCCACCAUAAAUGCAAGGUCCUGCAUCCAUUCUGCGGAAUUAAAUUCUAACACUGGUUUGCCCUUUUCUUCCAUGAACUGUUCAAUUUCUUCUCGUAAAUCAAAGAAACGCCUCAGCACAGCACCUCGGCUUAACCAUCUUACCUCAGUGUGGUAUGGCAGGCCAUAGAUGUGGUCUUUCUCUCUGAGAAGGCUGUCAAACUGACGGUGAUUCAGGCUUCUGGAUCGGAUGAAAUUAACAGUUUGGAUGACCACCUUCAUGACGUUAUCCAUCUUUAAUGACUUGCAACACAAAGCCUCCUGGUGCAAAAUACAGUGAAAAGUCCAAAAAUCACGUCCUCCAUUUGCAGAUUGCACUUUCUCUCUGAACUUUGUCACAACGCCUGCUUUUUUCCCGAUAAUUGAGGGCGCACCAUCUGUAGCCAGGCUGACAGCGCGGGACCAGUCCACUCCGACCCUGUCCAGCGCGCCGACGAGUGCAGUGAAAAUAUCAGCUGCUGUCGUUGUAUCUGUCAUCGGCACCAACUCCACGAACUCCUCGGUGACGGUCAAUGUGUCAUCAACUCCGCGGAUGAAAAUGGCCAGUUGUGCAACAUCUGUAAUGUCCGUGCUUUCAUCAAUUGCAACCGAAAACGCAAUAAAUGACUUUACAUUUUUGCUUCAACUGGCUGUCCAAAUCCACUGAAAGAUCGGAAAUCCUGUCUGCAACUGUGUUUCUUGUCAGGCUGAUAUUUGCAAAAGCCUGGUGCUUUUCAGGGCACACAAUCUCUGCUGCCUUCAUCAUGCAUGUUUUUACAAAUUCACCCUCACUAAAUGGUUUUGAAGCCACUGCGAUUUAAUUAGCAAUGAGGUAGCUAGCUUUCACUGCAGCGUCACUGAUGUCUCGGCUGUGAGUAAACACAGACUGCUGUUUCUUCAGACCCACCAACAGUUCAUUCACCUUCUCUCUUCUCCGCUGUCCUUGAAAGUUGUCAUAUUUGUCGGCAUGAAGACUCACAUAGUGGCGACGAAGGUUAUAUUCUUUCAGCACUGCAACAUGCUGUGAACACACCAAACAUACAGCUUUCCCAUUCAAUUCCGUGAAUAAAUAGAAGGAUGACAAUUUUUCUUGGAACACUCUGCACUCUGCGUCCACUUUUCUCUUUUUUGACAGAGACAUAUUGGGGCAAUGAGGGUGCCAAAGCACAUAAUGUUAAAAGUAGAAGCCGUAAUAAAUAUCGCGGGCAAAACAAAGUAGCUCAUCCGGACUGGCUGCACUUGCUUGACCUAUUUGCUCUGCCCCGGUAUAAACAGUUUGCUUGCUUAACACAAUUGCUAUUGCGCCAUCCAGUGGACACAAUUGGAACAGCAGUUUAUUUUAUUGAAAAAUUGCAGCUCAUUUUUAUACUUUACAAAAUCAUCUCGCGGGCCGGAUUAAACCCGUUUGCGGGCCUGAUCCGGCCCGCGGGCCGGACGUUUGACACCCCUGAUCUACAUAAUCUAAUAAGGCUUUCCUGUUGUUGUGAUAGCUACUAGCUAUAGUAGGACGGUUUACAUCAAACACACAGGAAAAUGAACAAUUACAAGAACACAAUUAUUUACCUUCUAUUGUCUUCUCUGCUGUUUCCAAGAGAGUCCUCCUCUGUGUCUGCUGUCUGCUCUAAUGAGAGAUACCUGCUCCUAGUGCUCAAACCGUAUCCUUGGUAACUACUACUGUCCUGUCUACGUCUAACACACAAAGCCUUGGUAACUACUACUGUCCUGUCUAUGUUUAACACACAAAGCCUUGGUAACUACUACUGUCCUGUCUACGUCUAACACACAAAGCCUUGGUAACUACUACUGUCCUGUCUACGUCUAACACACAAAGCCUUGGUAACUAAUACUGUCCUGUCUACGUCUAACACAUAAAGCCUUGGUAACUACUACUGUCCUGUCUACGUCUAACACACAAAGCCUUGGUAACUACUACUGUCCUGUCUACGUCUAACACACAAAGCCUUGGUAACUAAUACUGUCCUGUCUACGUCUAACACACAAAGCCUUGGUAACUACUACUGUCCUGUCUAUGUCUAACACACAAAGCCUUGGUAACUACUACUGUCCUGUCUACUUCUAACAUGCAAAAGAAAUUAGCACAAGAAAAAUAACAGAAUGCUUUCAGGAUAUACCUUUUCUUCUUCUGUUCUCUGUUGCUUUUGUUUAGAAGAAGUAUCUAAAGGUUAAUGACCUGUCCUCUGUUCUCCUCUCUAGGUACUACUCUGUCCUCUACCCUCUGGAGAGGAAGAUCUCGGACGCCAGAUCACGUGACCUUGUCAUCUACAUUUGGAUCCACGCCACCAUCGCCAGCGUGCCCGUGUUCGCCGUAACCAACGUUACGGACGUGUACGUAACCUCGUCAUGUUCCGACGCCCGCGCCCGCUCCCUGGGUCACAUGGUCUACGUGGUGACAUACAACGUAACCACGGUGAUCCUCCCGCUCGUCAUCGUCUUCCUGCUAAUGGUCCUGAUUCGCCGAGCCCUCAGCGCCAGCCAGAAGAAGAAGGUGAUCAUCGCGGCGUUGAGAACCCCUCAGAACUCCAUCUCCAUCCCUUAUGUCUCUCAACGCGAGGCUGAGCUACAUGCUACGUUACUGGCUGUGGUGUUAGCCUUCUCAGCCUGUAGCGCCCCCUAUGGGGCGUUGGUGGUAUACCGCACUCUUCUCGGGGACAGGGAGGACUUGUCCCCUUUUCUCCAUCUCACGGCCAUCUGGCUGCCCAAGGUGUCUCUCCUUACCAACCCUCUGCUGUUUCUGACAGUGAACCGCUCGGCCAGGCGCUGCCUGUGUGAUGUUCUAGUCCGGGUACACAGAUGCUACAGCCGGCGUAACGUAGUCAGCACUGGGGCCCUGGGGCUGGGGCUGAGGGGCGAGGGGGGCCCUGGGGCCCUGGAGGGGUCUGCUCGGGCCGGGAGCCAGCUCCUGGAGAUGUUUAAUAUCGGGCAGCAGCAGAUCUUUAGGCCGACCGAUGAAGAGGAGGAGGUGGAGAAUGAGAUACCUUCGUCAGUGGUGGGGGGCUGUUCUUGUCCCAAAGAGAACUACCACCAGGGAGGAGGAGGAGGGAGACAAGGGGGACAUGGAGGGAAGGUGGUUCUUCAGAAAGAGACCGAACCAACCAGAGAGAGCGUCCUGGUAACUAAAGAACAACCUCCUCUCAUAUUGCCCGAGCUCUCCCCUGUCCACGCCUGUGCUUACACCUCCUCGUCACAGGUGGCGCCAGCGACCCCCACAGAGCCCGAGGACGCCACCCAGUUUGGGUUCGGGCCGUUCGAGCUGCCGCCCCAGUGGCUGCCGGAGACCAGGAACAGUAAAAAGAGGCUCCUCCCACCUCUAGGGAACACCCCCGAGGAACUGAUCCAGACCAAACAGCCACGCCCAAGGCCAGAACGACGAAUCAGCAGGAACAACAAGGUCAGCACCUUCCCUACGUCGACCCCUGAACUAUGA